CCGUUUCUACACAAUAAUAAUACCCAUUUUAUUAUCUUUAAUUAGAAAAAUAUUGGAUAUAUUUUUUUCUAAUAUAACCGAAAGAGUGAAUUAUUUUUACGACAUUUUUCCUUAAAAUAAAAGAUCGAUAAUAUAACUAAUGUAAUUUUAUUUAAAUAAAAUAUAAUAAUUGCAUUUAUUUUCUCUAUUUUUCUAAAUAAAAUCAAGUUACUUUGACACUAAAUUGAAAUCUCAAACAAAUAAAUAAUCGAGAAUGACAAAUGAACGAUAAUCGAUUAACAUAAUGUAUCUAACUUAUCUGGUGACAGUAUAAAGAAUAAACUUAGAUCCUAUCGUCCUGAUUAUUCGUUCGCGUUAGUUUUCAGAUACAGGUCGUGAUCGUAAAUUAUAUUUCGUAUCGAAAAGAUAAAGCAAAAAAAAACUAUACAUACUUUUAGCUAAUACUUUGAGAACAACAAUGAUGAAUUUAAAAAUUUAACAUCCCGUGCAUAAAAAUAUAGAAGAAUAAUAUCAGAGAGUGAUGUACGAGACAACAAGGACUCGAUACAGAAGAGAAAUGAUAAGUUUUUGUCAUGAACAACAUCUUUGAAAAUAUUACCAAACAUAAUCUAUCGGUAUUGAACGUGCCAAAAAUUCGUGCUAAAUCUGUACCAAGAAAUUUACGUGAAAAUCAUUACGAAGAAUUUGGUGAAUCUAUUUGUAAUAAUAAUUAUUCUAAAACUCUCAUUCGAAAUGAUUUCAAACACUUUACUAAAGAUACUGAAAGAGAUAUCUUAUGUGCAGAGAGUGAUACUGAAUCGAGAAAAAUUAAUGUUGAAAAUUCGAAAACAAAAAAGAAAAAGAAACGAAGAUACUUAACAAUUUGCACAAAUAACUGCAAAUACGAAGUAGUAAGACGCGUAGCAACACGAUUUGGAAUGAAAGAAGUUACAGAAGACAGUAGUUGGAAUUUGUAUUGGACAGAUCUCAGUGUCAGUAUAGAACGUGCCAAGGAUAUGAAAAGAUAUCAAAAGAUCAAUCAUUUUCCUGGGAUGACAGAAAUCUGUAGGAAAGAUUUACUUGCUAGAAAUCUUAAUCGUAUGCUAAAACUUUUCCCAAAGGAUUAUAAUUUUUUCCCAAAAACUUGGUGUUUUCCUGCCGAUCAUGGGGAAGCUAUUGCUUACUCGAAGUUACAUCGAUCUAAAACUUUUAUAAUCAAACCGGAUACUGGUUGUCAAGGCCGUGGGAUAUACUUGACAAGAAGUUUGAAAGAUGUUAAGCCAAACGAACGUUUGAUCUGCCAAGUUUAUGUUUCUAGGCCUUAUUUGAUAGACGGAUACAAAUUUGAUCUUCGUAUCUAUACAUUGAUAACAUCGUGCGAGCCUCUUCGAAUUUACGUCUACAAUGAUGGCCUAGCAAGAUUUGCUACAAGUAGAUACAAGGAACCAUCUUGUCAUAACACUUCCAACGUUUUUAUGCAUUUAACUAAUUACGCUGUUAAUAAACACAGUCGUAUGUACAUCGUCGACGAAGAAAUUGGUAGCAAAAGGAAAAUUUCGACAUUAUUGAAAUGGUUAAAAGUUAAAAACAUCGACGUUGACGAUUUAUGGAAUAAAAUAGACGAGAUUAUUAUAAAAACUAUACUUGCUGCACAUCCUGUUCUUAAACACAGUUAUCGUACAUGUUUUCCAACGCAUGACAGAACUUAUGCAUGUUUUGAACUUUUAGGAUUUGAUAUCUUACUCGAUUGGAAACUAAGACCGUAUCUGUUAGAAGUCAAUCAUUCACCGAGUUUUCAUACAGAUGCACAAAUUGACAAAGAUAUUAAGGAAUCUCUGUUGAUUGACACCUUUGAAAUGUUGAAUCUUCAACAGUGCGAUAAGAAAAAGAUCAUUGAAGAAGAUAGAAGACGUAUUAGGGAUCGAUUACUUCAGGGUGUUACGUUGAAAGAUUUUAACUCAAAUCAUGAUAAUACAAUGACUAAUGUAUCGAAAUUGGAAAAAAAUGAUCGAUAUUAUAUCGAAAGACAAUUUAAAUGGGAGGACGAUCAUAUUGGUAAUUUUCAUCGAGUAUAUCCUUGCAACGAUGAUAAUAAAUAUCAACAAUUUUUCAAACAAAGUGGCACAACAGUCUUCCAAGAGACUGUAGCCUCACGUGCACGCGAGGAAGCUUCUAAAAUUCAGAGAGAAGAAAAGGAAAUCAGAUUAAGAGAACAAGAGAGUAAAAGGAUUAAUGGCAGAUGGUGUGAUCAGAAACUAACACCUGAAAGCCCGAAUGUUCCGCAGAAGAAUAUUACCAAACGAUUGGAACACAAAUCUUUUACUUAUUUCAAAAAGAUGAUACCACAAAAAGCAACAAACUUAACACAAAAUUCAAACAAAGUUCUCUCUUCCUUUGAACCUGAAAUAAUAUCAGAAUCUGAAGAAAGAGAAAGAGUAACCGCAUUAGUUCAACGUGAUUUUCUUCUAAGAAGUUAUGGUAUACUCGAACAAAUUUACAUGGCUAUGAAGCAGAACGGUACACUUAGGGACAAGGAUGUAAAAAAAUAUGGCAUCUAUGGGAGGCAAGCAUUGAAAAAUGAGAAAAAUUUAUUGUCUCAGAAAUUUCAUCAUCCCGCUUGUCCAGAAAGAACAUUGAAUAUUUGUAAUCAUCAUAAUGAUCAUCCUAAUCAUCGAUUGAAUCAUUGUCUGUAACAGUUUAACCAAGCAAGUAACAUAAAAUAUUAUAUUUUAAUAAUUUUAUUUUAAAGUAAUUUUUCUUUAAUCAAAAGCAAA